AUGGGGAAAAACCUUCAUAUACAGCAGGAUACGGUGCUGAGCCUAACCUAUCCGGAGCGCGCGGAUUUCAGUACGCAAGGGCACCCUUAUUCUUCGGACUCGUUCUUUCAGGAAGCCAACAAUGGAUGGUCCCCUUCUAAUCUUGUGAAUGAGAUCGUAUAUAAACGUCUCAACGAGAAAUCUAAAUGCAAGCUUGUGUACAUGACUGCAGUGAUUCAUCCUCAGUAUUGCUUGCAGAUUAUUAAGAACGUUGUUUGGCGUGCAGGAUACGAGUGUGAGCGCGACCUUUUAUUGAGAUAUUGUCUGGGAUCUACAUUUUGUUCGCGAGGUGCCCAGGCCUUCGUUUCAAAAUUGAAGGAAGAGAGGAUAAGCGACACUUACCUCAUGAAGGCCGCUCAACUCAUAACGCAGGACAAAGCGGUUAGAUCUACCCACGAGUCAGUGGGCAUUUUGCGUGGUGUGCCCAUAGUGUCCGGUUUGAUUAAAAGGCAUAUAGAUUCAGGAAGGAAGGUGAUGCCCAUUCGGACUGCCAGAGUUAUAUUCAAGCGAAUACGUAGCCACGCAGCGUUGCAACCUCAAGACAUGAUUCUUUGGGACGUCCUCCGUGAAACUAUAGCCAGAAGGAUACCUAAUGCGGCGCCAUAUAUGCUUAAACAGGUUAGGAUGGAAAUUUUUGCUAACGACACAUUCACGAAUCCCACGUUAUAUUAUUGUCUUAAAAAUCGAGGUGUUGACACGAGCAAAAUGGGCGAAUUGCUGAAUGCAAAAGCAAGCACCAUAUAUGAUACGGACUAUGCCACCAGACGUAGCAUUGCAAAUAAGAUACGCAUUCAGCUUAGGCAUGCAUGGCUAGAUCUAUCCGAUUCGGAUAGAAAGGAGAUGGAACGCCAGGGUUUAAACAUCAUUGAUGCCAUGGUGGCAACAGCUGGUUACAUAAGCCUGAAUAACUUGCUUGUGCUCGUUACAAUGCUUUCAAAGGAAUCGCUUGACCAACGCGCAAUAUGCUGCCAGCCUGGGCACGAUUUCGGACCUUUAGGAAGAUUGACGAUUAGAGAUUUCAAGUACAGAAAAUUGGACAAUCUAAUUCCAUAG